AUGGCAACAACAUCAACUAAUCUGUCUAGUGGAAAACAUCGAACCGAUAGUGAAAUUGAAAAAUAUCGAUUAGAACUUAAUUGGACUAAAAUUUUGGAUAAAUUAAAAACUGCAAAAGCUUCAGAAUAUGUUAAAUUCUUAGACGGAGAAGCACAAUUAGAAUACUAUUUACAACAAUAUCCAUUAACUGAUAAUCGUCAUAUAGAAAAAUCACGAGAAGAAUUAAUUCGUGUUGAAAAUCUUCUUAAAUCUGUUUUAUCAUCACGUUUAUUUGAAGUUGAGUGUCUUUUAGCUAAAUUAUAUUAUGCUCAAGCACGUUAUGAUGAAUGUUUAUUAAAUGUUAAUUUAGCAAUAAAUUCAAUACCAAAUGAUAUUAAUGAUCAACCGAAUAGAUCGUCUUUAUUACUUGCAGAAAUUUAUGCACUUAAAGGACUGUUAUUAGAAAAGAAAAAUGAAGAUUUAUUUGAAAUAAUUAAAUCAUUUGAUGAUUCUUGUAAAUUAAGUCAAACUUAUUAUGCUGCUGUUGAAAAAGAUAAACAUUUAAGUAAUGAAAAUUUAGAUAUUGAAAAUUCUUUAAUUGAAUUAGCAUAUCAACGUUUACCACUUCUGCAUGCUUCAAAUAAUAACUUAACAACAGCAAUAGAAAUAUUUCGUUCAUUUAUUCAAAAUGUUCAUAUUAAAUCAUUAGAAACAAUGAGACAAACGUUAAUUAAACAAUAUGCUGAAUUAUUAAUAAAAUGUGUUUGUAAAGGAAAUUAUCCUCGAUUAACAAAUAUUGAUAAUGACCUUCAAAAUUCUAGUUUACUUAAUCGUCGUCGUAGUUCUCAAUCAUUAUUUAUUCCUCGAGAUGUUAAUGAAGAAAUUUUAUUAUUACUACUAUUGGGUCAAACAUCAACAUUAAAUGAAGCUGUACUUGAUUGGCAACCAGAACAUGAAGGACAACGUGAACGUAGUCAUCAGGCAGCUUAUAAUAUUCUUGCUUUACUUUCAAUAUUUCUCUCCCGUAAACAAGCAUUUCAUUUAAUUGCUGAUUCAUAUGAGCAAGCUCUUCGCUUUUCAUUUGAACAUUUUCAAACGUGGUUUAAUUAUGGUUUAUCAUUGAUAUCAUCCGGUCAAUCAUUUCGGGCUUAUCUCAUCUUAAAAGAAUGUCUUCGAAUGCAACCAAAAAAUAUCCAAGUUUAUUUACAGCUUGCAAAAAUAAUUCUUGAGCAUAUUUAUGAUUUUCGAUCAUUAUUUGAAACUUUCCCAUCAAGUGGUGAAGAUGCUCAACCAUUGUUAAAGCAAACCUUAAAUCAACAACAAACUAAUUUAACUCAACAUGAACAACGACCUAGAUUUAUUGAUCUUAUCGAUGAAGCCAUUGAUUAUUGUCAACAAGCAAAAGAACUUGAAAAUCCUCCAUUUGCACGUUCACUUGUUUUACUUGCUGUUGCAAAGUCAUUUAAAGCUCGGCAAACAUCAAUUCAUAAUGAUCGUCAAGCACUAUUUCAAUCAGCUGUUAAUGAUCUUCGAGAGUCAAUUCAACUUGAUCCAUAUGAUUCUAUCGCACAUUUUCAUCUAGCUCAUAAUUUAUCUUUUCACAAUCAAACUGAUGAAGCAUUAAAAUCAAUUGAAACAUGUUUACUAUUAUCACCUGAUGAUAAAUUUGCUCUUCAUUUACAUACACUACUACUUACAGCUCAAAAGCAAAUGGCUGAAGCUUAUGCACAAAUCUAUCGAGCAACAAAUGAUUAUCCAGAUAUUAGUUUAUUAUUAACAAAAGCUACAAUAGAAGAAGAAUUAUAUGGAUGUGAGCAGUCCAUUGCAACAUGUAAAGAAGGUUUGUUGCUUUGGAAAAAUGAAUUUGAACCGUUUUUAACUAAUAAUGAUCAUGGUCUAUCACAUUCAAGUGGUGGAAAUCGUCCAGAUAGCCGAUCGAAAAAUCCUUCAAUAAAUACCGAAACUGAUGCUGAACAAACAUUAAAUAAUCAACAAGGAACAUUGAAAAUAGAAGAUGGAAUUAAAAAUCUAUUUUUAUUUGGUAUUCGACCAUUCUCAGUACUAAUCAAUGAUGAGAAUUCAAUGAAAAAUAAUCGAUCAUCAACGUCAUUAUUUUCUGUUCAACCAAUUUAUUUUAGUUUAAUUCAAAUAUUUGAAUAUCUUGUUCGAUAUUAUAUUAAAUUAGAUAAAAUUGAUGAAGGUGAACGUUGUAUAAAAGAAAUCUCCUCAUUAAGUCCAUUAUGUCAUCAAAUGUUUUAUAUGCGUGGUCUAAUAAAUGAUGCACGUGGUCAAUUAAAAUUAGCUAAGCAGAAUUAUAAUGAUGCUUUAGCUAUUAAUCCUUAUCAUUUCCCAACAUUAAUUCAAUUAACAAAACUUUUAAUACAAAUUGGAAAUUAUUCAUUAGCUGAAAAAUAUGCAAGAGAUGCGAUUUCUAUUCAACCGUCAAAUUAUCAACCUUGGUAUUUAUUAAGUUUAUCAAUGGAAGCUCGUGGUGAAUAUGAACAAUCGAUUGAGGUUGGUGCAACUGCUGUGCAUUUAGAAGGAAAUUCACCAAUUGUUUCUUAUCAUUCGAUAAUGCGUGUUCUAUAA